AUGUCUGUCAGCGAAUCGAUAAAUAUUUAUGCGGCUGAAGUUGUUUUUGAUAAUGUGGAUGAUAUCGAUUCAAAUGCCACAUUCAAGGACCCCAUGAUUUAUCAAAACUUUGACAUGUAAGUUUUUAAUAAAAAAUCUCAAAAUAAUUUUUUUUUCCAGAAAAUUUGGAGUUUAUAAAGAAUCAAAGGAACUUGGAGUUUGUAUCAAAGUUGUAAACAAGAAUCAAUUCAUAUUUUCUGGAGAAAUUACUGGAUAUGUUGAAUUGAUUGGAAAAAUGGCAAAACUUUGA